CACAGUGCUCGGCGCCGUUCAAGACGUCCACCGUGAUCAAGCAUGCCCGAGGUGGUUCAAUUGCCCGACAAGGCAACCAGCGCCCAAGCUGAGGCGACCAGCACCACCAAAAAGCAGAUUCCAGCUCAACGACCCAACCUGGCGACGCCAACUAGCCCUGUGUCACGACAGGCACCAACUGCACAAUCACCGGGUCCGACAAAAUCGCAGCAACAACCGACCUCACCACAACCUCAACGAGCGAUUAGCACUGUAACUCCAUCUACACCUACGCCUCAAUUGAGGUCGACAGCGUCAUCGAAUGCUACUUCGAAGGAAAGCAAAUCGAAUUCAAAGUCGGGACCAGUUGCACAAUUCCAACCACCGGUGCAGCGCCGCAAGUCAUCGAUGAAACCUGUCAUCAAGACAAAACCCAAACUGCCUACGAAGCUCAAGGGAAAACGUGGGUCGGAGCUCUGGCCCGAGCGAGAGAAAGUGUUUGAACGGUUCCGGAAGGAAAACCUAGUGAUGCCUGUUCCGGAGGGACCUCUUGCGCCGGCCCGAGUAAACAAGGUGUCUGGCUACAGCGUCGAUUUGCAUUUGGUCAAGAAUUGGCCGCUCACAGAGCAACUGGAAGGUGCCAUGCUCACGUAUGGCCUUCAGAUGACGUUUUUCCACAGCCUCACAAAGCGAUUCUUUGGCAACACGUGGCUCAGCCCCGAGCUACUCGACAAUGGCAAAGCUGACGUCGUUGUUCAGAUUUCUGUCGGCUUUAUCUCGGAUGUAGUCGAUCCAAAUUGUGUGGCUGUUGUCGAGCUUGUAGCGUUCGAGAAGGACCCGGCAUCGUCUCUGACCACAGCGUCACAUGGCUGCGGUUGGUGCUUGCUGCCAAUGUUCGGCCAAAAGCUGCUGGGGCUGGCGCACGAAACGCUUACGGUGAACGUAUUCGCAGGGUCGCCACGACACUUGUACGUGGUAAACCAGGCCGACUGGCAAAACCAAACCAAAGUCGCAGGUUGCAAGCUGCUCUAUCACGUCCACCUCCACGACGGCCUCACCAAGCUACACGCGCUUGUUCGAAAGAACGAGAUCGUGAGCUCGUUGGACAAGAUACCCGGUUUGAAAGGCGACAACCUGGUGGGGAGCACCCAAGCAAACGUCGCGGUGUUUCAAAUCCCACGGGAAAUCGCGAUGGCCGAGGACUUUUCGAUCGUCGUCACCCCCGUCCAAGCGUUUGUGCAUCUCCGCGAAGAGCUCGAACAAGACUUGAUCGAGCGGCUUGCAAAAACGCGGAAGUUAAUCCACAAAGAUGUCGAGUCCGUCCACGGCGAAGUAGCGACGCGCGUCCUCAAGGUGGCUUUGCACAAUGGACGGUGCUUCCGCACGCGCCAGCACACGGUGCCACUCAAAUGCGAACAUGGAAGCAAUACACUGACCGCCGUGACCGAGUCCGUGAAGCUAAAAGGAUACACGCUGAGUCCGCUCGUGGCUGUCGUCGUUCUACUGCAGUGCACAGUGCAUUUUCGACUCGUGUGGCCAAAAGGCGCCAAGCCUAAGAAUGACAAGGAGCCGUUGCCGACCGAAGACGUUGUUGUCGUCACGAUAGGCGCGCGCGCGUUGGUUCCGAGCGACGGCAAGAAAUUUUACUACCACGAUCGGUCGUUGUUGCGAGAUCAACGAGAGGACGAGCCGAUGCAUGUGGAGCUCAUGAGCGGAACGAAAGCGCGGCCGUACUCGGACAAUGUCAUUUACACGUCACCUGUGUGGAAGAAUGCGCUGAAAGCAGGCAAGCUCGAGGAAUCGUUUGCCUCUUGCGACAUGGAGUUACUCGUCGAAGGCGCGGCGAUGUCGUCUGAGUCGGAGGGCGAUGACGAAGAAACGAAGAACGACACCAAACCCGAAACCGAUCGAGACGCGUGGCUUCGGGACCUCUACCAAAAAGCUCAACUGGAUGCGGCGCUCGCAAGGACGUUGCAAGCACCAUUACAAAAGUCCGCCGCCACGUCGCCGACAAAGCGCGCGACCAAUCAGCCUCCCCACCAUCCCCAGCAUACCCUCGAAUUCAACGACGUUCCUACCACCGUUAUCACAGACGAUCCUACGCCCAGCUACGAGCUAUCUCGUGCAUCCAAGUCGCUCCUGACUCGGCAUGGGUUUUACGACACAGUCACGUCUGUUCCAGUUGACAACAACAAGCAGCAUAUUCCGCCCUCAGUCAUGCGGCCGCUACCUCCCGUAAAGACUGUCGAGGAUGAACUCAAAGACGGCCUGAAUCUCUUGGAGAUUCAAUUCCAGUUUGCUGCAUUUCGCGCCCUCGCGGUGGCCCCUUCUGGUGGCCCGCCAACGCCUCCGCUUCCGGCGUCAUUGUUUUUUUCGUUUCAGUUUUACACGUUCGAGCCGACCAAGUCGGAACGUCUUGUGGUGACAUCGACACCAGCCGCUGGCACGUAUUUGCUCUGCCGAGACCAUGCAAAGAAGCCGUCGCUGGCCAUCCAAUUCGAACUCCACACGACGAAGCAGUGUCCAUUGGAGGCGGCAGCCUUCGCCACGUACCUGCUGACCAAGUCCUUGCACGUCGACGUGUGGGAUGGUGACAGCUUGCUCCCACUCGGCUCGAUGAUUGUUCCGUUGCGUGAAUUGAUGCGGCAAGGCCAGCGAGUUAAGAAGUACCAUGCUGAAUUCGAAGUGCGUCGCUCGGCCGACGCCAUGGCACCCGCGGCGCUGUCGGUGAAUUCUUCCAUUGGGGCGGUACAGUUGCUCAUGAGCAACUUUGCGUCGUCGUCAACUGCGUGCCCGCCUGCAAUAGUGAAGCCUGUUGGCGAUGCGGAUGCCACUGGCAACUGGCGGUUCGCCACUCCCCCGUCGUCCGACCCGAUGUUGCUUCCGAAGGGACCGCGCCAUCGAGUUCGAGCAAAACCACUUGCAGAUUCAAAUGAAGAGUUGAAGCAACUUCUCGUUCGUGAACACUUGUACGAUCCCAAUCCGUGCAGUCGGUCGGCCAAGAACUCGCACGGCAACAACCACACGCGUGGGCACAGCGAUGCCACGUCGAUUACCAAGGACGAAAUCGAGCGGUUGUGCCGGAGGUUCCAAACACAGACCUCACGGAACAACAGGUUGGAUGCGGUGGCGCUCUUGGCACUCUUUUCCGUGUCCCCGGUGAAGAACGAAGCAGCGGCGGCGACCUUUUCGUUGGCAGAAGACGUACGACAGGCAUUUCUAAACGCGUUCGCUCGUGGGGUGGACUUUCGAAUGAUGUUUGACGCGCUGGACGCGAGCGGGGACGGCACUUUGACGACCGCCGAGUUCAUUCAAGGCGUGUACACUCUCGGACCAGAAUUCCAAGCGUGCUCUCCACACAGUCUCCGUGAAGUGGUCGAUUCGUUCGAUGCGAAUCACGAUGGCACGAUCAACUACGUCGAGUUUGUGGCGUUCCUGAACAAGCACCUGCAUCUGUCCAUUCGACAGGAACUGCAAGCGGUGUUUGUCCGUGCGGCGCAACGGGGCGUGAAUGUGGCUGCGUUGUUUCGACAACUAGACACGUCCGGGGACGGACAGCUGACGGCGCGCGAAUUUGAAAUGGCGCUGAAACAUGUCGGAUAUGUCGUCGCGCCAGACAAACGCCAGGACUUUGACAAGUUCUGUCGAUCGCUGGACGACGAUGGGAACGGAAGCAUUUCGUACCUCGAAUUCAUUCAGCACAUGGGCCUCCAAACCCUGGCCACGGAUAGCGUCUUGGCGACGCUUCUGGCGAUCUUGAAACGCACGAUUGCGAAAGGCGUCGACAUCGGCGAACUCUUCUUGCACAUAGACACCGACGGCAGUGGCGCUGUUUCGUACCCCGAGUUCAUGAAAGUGCUGACCGAUUUGGACCUGGACGGCCAGUUGAACGCCGCGAUGCUGCAAGAGAUUGUGCUACGUGUGGACAAGGACAAGAGCGGGAGCAUCGACAUCGCCGAGUUUCUUGCGUUUGUGCAAAUUCCGUUCGACGCCGCCAAGAUGAUUCAAUCGCGCUUGCGCCGCAUCUUGACGAGGGCAGCCGACCAAGGCGUUAGUGUGCAGGACGCCUUUUCCCAGUUUGACCACGACGGCAGUGGCGAAGUGUCUGCCAUGGAGUUCCAGGCGGCACUCAAGGCCCUCAAGUGUCCGCUCGGUCCUGCCGAGCUCAACGUUGUGCUGGACAAAUGCGACGCAAACCGCGACGGGUCCGUGUCGUAUAAGGAGUUCCUAACGUUCGUGUUCGGCCAGGACGCUUCGCAUGUGUUGGCAAAGCCCAUUCAAGUGCAGCUCGCGGCGCUGUUCCAGGAGGCGAGUGCGCGAAACGUCGACCUCGCUCAGUGUUUUGCCCACUUUGACAAGGACGGAAGCCGGGAAAUCUCGACGGCAGAGUUCAUGACAGCACUGAAGGAGCUCGGGAUGCAAGUCGACGAUAACGGCGACACGAUGCGAGCUAUCGUUGAUCUCCUGGACAAGAACAAGGAUGGUAAGAUCAACUACGACGAGUUUGUUGCGCUGGCUACGCCAAGGACGCGCGCGAGGGAAGACCCACCUCCGAUCAAGCUGUUCAAAAUGCUCGAGAAAGCGCUCGCCGACGGGGUCGACGUUGAAAGCGCAUUUGCUCACUUUGACAAGCAUAGCACGGGGGCCGUGUCGUACGCCGACUUUCAUUCUGCCUUGAACGAGCUCGGGACGACCCAAUGGACUAGCGCCGAAAUGGAAUCGAUCUUCAAGCAUCUAGACAAGGACGGCGGGGGCACAGUGUCCCUGCGCGAGUUUCGAACGUUCUUGGACGUCACCCCCGCCAAGAGGUUGAAAGCCCUUUUGGUCAAAGCACAAGCGCAGGGGGUAGCGAUGGCCCAGUCGUUUGGGCACUUCACAGCAACAGAUCGCAUCGACUUGGCUGCGUUCGAAGUCGGUCUGGCAAAACUCCAGUUUACUGACUUUACCAAGAACGACAUUCAAGGGCUCUUUGCCACGAUCAACACAUCCAAAUCUGGCCAGAUCUCGAUCGAGGAGCUCGGUGCAUUUGUCGGCACCACCCCGCCCACAACCACCACUGCCGAGCCAGCCAUGGUCGUAUCCCCGAUAGACAAGCUCAAGGAGCUUCUCGUGCGAGCGCGGUCGCAAGGCGUCGACAUCCAUGCCUCGUUCAGCCACUUCGACAAAGACAAAGAUGGGUCGAUCACGUAUGACGAGUUGGACGUGGCGCUGAAGGAGCUGAACUUCGAUUUCACGCAAGCUGACAUCGACAACAUUCGACAGGCACUGGACAAAGACGAGAGCGGCUGCAUCUCGCUGGACGAGUUCCAAAAGCUGUAUAGCCCGGCAGCAGCUCCUGGCAAGACCAACUACAUGCGUAAAACAAGGUCUGGACGACAACAACGCCCUCCGUUGUCCAAGCAAGACAGUGCGUCGUCGAAGGUCGCGCCGAGCCUCAAGAAGCUCCAGGAUCUCCUGCUGAAAGCGAAAGACCAAGGCAUCGACGUUGCAGACGCGUUCAGCCAAUUCGACACAAACGGGAACGGAGUCAUUUCAUUUGAAGAGUUUGACCGGACAAUUGCGCAAUUGGGGUUGGAUGGAUUGACAGCGGCGGACCUGGUAGACAUUCGAAAUGCUCUGGACCGAGACAAGUCGGGGUCGAUAUCAAUGGACGACUUUAAGGCUCUGUACGAGCCGCUACCGUUCGCGAAGCCCCAAGCCCCGUCGACGGCUGGGGCCAACGGUGGAGCCAAACCAUGGCUAGCCAAGAAUGGAUCGAAGAAGGGGUCGGCGUCUGCGGCCACGACACAAGACGCACCAAAACCGGCAGCGACUCCGAUUUCUGGUGUGGCAAAGUUGGGCAAUUUCUUGAGAUUGGCAAAGGAAAAGGGAGUCGACGUGGAUCAAGCGUUCAGCCACUUUGAUGCGGACGGCAACGGAAGCAUAUCAUAUGUCGAAUUCAGCGCGGCGCUGACGGCAUUGCACCUCGAAGCAAUCACAGAAACAGACGUGGACGAGAUUCGAUGCGCGUUGGACAAGGGCCAGAACGGAAUGAUUUCGCUCGACGAGUUCAAGAAGCUGUAUGCCCUCCCCGAUACAGCGCUCCAAGAGUCAAACCAACCGAACGCACCUGCAGACGCCUCCAUGACCUCGCUCACUAUGUUGUGCACGCUGCUACGCAAGGCACAGGCAGCUGGCAUUGACAUCGACCAAGCCUUCAAACACUUUGACGCAGAUGGGAAUGGAACGAUAACGCGGAUCGAAUUCGCAACAGCCAUCAAAGACCUCAGGCUGGACGGUUUGUCCGACGACGAUGUCGCGACGAUACAAACGACGCUGGACAAGGACGAGAGCGGGACCAUCUCUCUGGACGAGUUUCAAAAGCUGUACAGCAUGAACGAGCCCCCUGUGGAGGGUACGGACGUGACUGGGGUCCCCAUCACGGGUGCUCCAACGGUCCAAAAGGGCAGCAACGAAGAGCAUGAUGCCGUCAAGCCGCCAUCGUCGAAAGACCUGCGCGCAACCCAUGAAACUGCAGGCAACGAAGCUGUCGAGUCUGGCGACUGCGACAAGCCCGUGAAAAAGGAACCAUCCACGGAAACGGUGGCGGCUGCGACUGCCGUCGAGAAACUACGCGAGUUCUUGCUGCGUGCACAAGCAACUGGUGUGGACAUUGACCUGGCGUUUCAGCAUUUCGACGGUGACGGGAACGGUUCGAUCUCGAUCACAGAGUUUGACGCGGCCAUGUUGGAGUUGCACAUGGACUCGUUGAGCGAGGCCGACGUGGCGGUGAUUCGAGAGGCGCUGGAUACGGACAAAAGCGGCAUGAUUUCCAUGGCGGCAUUCAAGAGGUUGUACGCCGACUCGCCAUGGCCAGAUUCGACUUGGCCAGGAGGAACGGACCAGCCCGUGCAUGCGCCAAUUGCCGAAGAGUCUGCCUCGAUCCAGAAAUUGAGCCGGUUGCUGCGGGAAGCCAUCGAAAACGGCGCGGACGUGGCGAAAGCUUUUGGAAUGUCGGAUGGACAGGACAGUGCGAUGUCGUACGUUGAGUUGGACGCAGCGCUGAUGGAGCUCGGUCUGGACGACUUAACGGAGGAAGACAUGGUCGUGAUUCGAAACGAUUUGGACGGGCAACAUGCCGGGGCGAUUGCUCGGAGCAAAAUCGCAGUCUUGUGGAUGCAAGAGCACACCAUGCCAGCAAACGCAGAGCGGAAGCAUCCACCGGUAUCCAGAGAAGGGUCGGCGAAUUCCAUAAAGGCGGCGUCAAGUGACAGCGACGUCGAGGCAAAGGCGACUCAGCCUCCCUUGACGAAACAAGCAAGCUCAAACUUGGAUGAGCCAAGUAGCGUUCCGGCCGAGGACAAGGAUCCAUCGAAAGGUGACAAGCAACUAGCUCCAGCAGCCGUCGAUGCAUCCACAGGACAAAACGAGAACCCAGGCAGCGCAACAAGUCCUCUGGAAGGGUUGCGUGCGCUGCUACUCAGGGCAAAGGACAGUGGGGUCAACAUCGACCAAGCUUUCCAACACUUCGACAAGGACGGCAACGGCGCGAUUUCGUACGCAGAGUUCAAGGCGGGCUUGAAUGAGCUCCAUCUAGACGGAUUCAGUGAUACCCACGUCGAGAGUGUGAUGCAUGCGCUGGACAAAGACAACAGUGGAUCGAUCUCACUACAAGAAUUCAAGAAGCUGUACAAGCCGCCACCAAAGUGCGGGCGGGAUUCAAGCAAGGGUGCAUCCAAGCCUUGGCUUGCGAAGGAGGCAUCCAAGGCACAACCAGACAACGAAGUCAAGGCAAAGGCCAAGAAGGAAGCUUGUGUCGCUCUAUCGGUUGCAAAUCCUGCGACCGCUUCAAAUGCAGACGUGACCACUGCCGGUGUGGAUAAACUCAAAGUCCUCCUUCUUCGCGCAAAGGAGAAAGGCGUGGACAUCGCUGCAGCCUUUUCGCAUUUUGACGCUGACGGCGACGGUGCAAUCACCGCAACCGAGUUUGAGACUGGCCUAACGUCGCUGCAAUUCGAUUUGUGUCCAGAUGACGUGGCUGCGAUUCAAGCGCAUUUAGAUCGCGACAAGAGCGGGGUCGUUUCCCUGAAGGAGUUCCAGGCGCUGUACGAUACAAGCGGGGCAGGAGGAUCACCCGAGUCGUCGACGACAGCCAAAUCAACCAGAACCGAGUCGGACAGUACAGUCACGAAGCCCCCUCUAGGGCCCGGGAAGCGACCGUCCAUCGCCACAAGUUCUCGCCAACAAACAGCAAAGCGGACGACACCUUCGUCCCCGUUGCUGGACCAACUCCAGAAGAUCCUGUUGUUGGCGAAGGACAAGGGCGUCGACGUGGAUCAAGCAUUCGCUCACUUCGACACAGACAGCGAUGGCCACGUGACAUAUGCCGAGUUUGACAAAGCUCUGGCCGAGCUGGGCGUCGUGAAUGGCGAAAGGGACGCUGAUGAAGUCCAUCGACUCCUGGAUAAGGACCAAAGCGGGACGAUUGCCAUGACUGAAUUCAAGCAAUUGUACUCGAGCAAGACGUUGACGGUGCCAGAAGAGACGCAUCCCCCACCCCGAUCGAGCUCUCGAAAAGUUGUGAGUGCAAAAGAAGGGGUAUGUAGAGAGGAACCGUUGGAGACCCUUCGCGCGCUGCUCGUCCGAGCGCAAAGCAAAGGCGUGGACGUGAGUCAGUCGUUUGCCCAUUUUGACCGGGAUGGAAAUGGAUCGAUCUCGUACGAUGAGUUUGCAUCAGCACUGAAACAACUCCAGGUCGAUUUCACACCCGAAGAUAUCGCGACGUUGUGCAAGACACUCGACAAAGAUACCAACUCGUCCAUAUCUCUGAACGAAUUCAAAAAGUUGUAUCAAGUCGUUCCCCCGUUGUCCAAAAUGCCCUCGAACGGCGCGAGUAUCGAGACGAAAGGAGCAUCGUCGGACAAGCCAUCGUCCAGAGCGUCCAAGUCCGCUACGUCCGACGUCUCGUCGAGCGAAUCGUCCAAGUCAUCACAGACCCAGCCACCGGUUCAAACAAAUUUCCGUCGACCACAGGACGACAAAAAGAAGGAAACAACUGCUCGUCAGCGAGAUGGCAUCGCCAUGGACACCACCGUCAUGCCCGAGUAUCGCUUCAGUGCCGAGCCAGAAACGCGCAUGUUGGAAAUGAAACUGCGCAAAGCAGCCGUGGCGGCCUUGGCCCGCGGGGUCCCUGCCACGGCGCUGCUCGGAAAAUACACUCAAAAGCCAACUGGUGAAGUCCUGCGAGUUGAUUUUGUCCAGUUCUUGAUGGAACUCGGCCUCAGCGUCAUCGACGACCUCGGGACAGCAGGAUACAUUUGCGACGUGCCACCCGCCACCAUGUACGACAAAGUGUACGCGCGGCAGCUCGAGCGGCUGCGCCAAUUCCGACACCACCACCGAGACAGCUCCAUGGCCAAGUCGCAGCGGGAACUUGUUCGAGCGGCAUCCAUGUCGAAUCAUUUGGUACCUACGCACGGCCAAGCCCAAGUCGACGCAUUUCUCGCGCAGAAGAACAAGAUGUUGCAAGUCGUCCAAUACUACCGCGACGGCCACAAGAAGGCGCUUAUCCACGCGUUGCUGCGGGACCACGUCACAACGACGAUCCAUGUUUUCCCCAGGUUUGGCACCAUGCUGUUCUUUGAAUUUCCCGUGCGAAACCCGUACGGUCACGCUGAGCGAUUUCGAAUCGAAUGGCACGAUCCCGAGCUUGUCCUCGUCUUGGAUGCCGUCGAGUGGCGAUACUACCGCGACCGCGUCCCAGUGUGUGUCGACAUGGGUGGGGCCGGCAACGUCGAAGUUGACAUGAUUGACGAUUUGCACGAGAUAUUGCUGGAAGGCGGUGAUGCUGUCGUGCUGCCUUUUCGCUUGAUGACGCUGCAGAUGCACAAGCAAUCGCGAGUUGUCCCGGUCUACGUCAAGAGUGUCGCCCAUGGCCACGUCGUGUCGGUGCUGCAAAUCCACAUUCAGCCACUCGCAUUUGUGUGCCACCGCACCCAUCGCCUGUUUCACGCGGCCGGCGGCAUCCUCCGCCGGUGCUUGAAGCUUCUUCCUCCAGGCCUCGACCACGACGACUGCACGUCGAAUCAAGCGCCUUCCCAUGGACGACGGUGCAAUCGGGAAAAAUUUGUCGCGUGUCCCGACGCGGGCGUCGUCGUCGAGACAAAGCCGAUCGAGCACAAGCACAUGCCGCAAGAGAUUUUUGUCAAAUAUCGUGUCGGCGAGUACCCCGCGAGCGGCGAAUUUUACUUGCUGCUAUAUGAAGAUAUGUAUCAUGCCGUGCUGUACGAAAUCUGGCGGCUCUGCGUCCAGUCCAUGCUCCGGUUGGACCUGCAUGCGACAAUGGGCCAAGGCGUACGCAACGAGCUCAUCCUCAAGGGGGACACGAUGCCGCGUCGAGUGCGAUGUUACAGCUCCCAGCCAGGCAACGUUCACUUCAACCCCGAACUCAUCUUCCAGCUCCUUCCGCACGUUUUCAAUCGAAUUGAGGUGCACUUUUGUUCGAUGGAGGUCGGGGCGACCCAAGUCCUCGUCAACGUCGUGGACGUUGACAGCCACGAAUUGGUGGGGUCCUGGCUGCUCCAUGCCAACACGACCGAGCCGAUUGUGACCAAAGUCUUCGAUGUGGCGUUGCCGCUCGGCGUUCCCGUUCUCAAGAAAAUUUCGUACCGGAACCCAUGGGACGACGAUCGCAUGUUUGUGCUGAGAUCGAGCGACACGACCAUCAUGAAGCCCCGCGAACCGACGCUGCGCCUGCCUGGCAACGCAGACGGGUUUUUGCGCCUCGCAUUUGCUCCGUAUUCGAUUUCGUGCACGAAAAAAGUCUACUUGUUCAUCAACGACGGCACGGACCAAAACGAAGAAUGCCUCCUCUUGCACGUCACGUGGACGGAUCACCAGCGAAAUUAGCGGCAUCAGAUCGUUUUGUCACCUUGCAAACCGCUCUUCUGCGGCGUCGUGAACCGUACAUCCACCAAGCUCGCAGACGGUCGUUGUCCAAACUGUAAAUUAGCAAGCACAUCAUUCCUUCAUCGAUUACGCCGUGACCAGGACAUCCAUCGCUCGGCGCACGAGGACUUGGUUCUCUUGGAGCAACUGUAGUUCCGUCGCCGCGCGGUGCAUGUCGUCGACGAGCUGGAUGGUGUCCGCGGCAACUCCGGACGAUUCAAAGGCGUGGCGGAGGACUGGAUACACAGCCUGGAUGUCGGAAGCUGACAGAGGCAGCGGUAGCGCCAUCGACGUCACGCGGAAGAACACGAGCGAGCAGACUAUCCCUAGAAUAACGUUGAAAUCGCUUUCGACAUCUUGGACGCAUUCCUCGAGGGAGCGCCCGAGUCGCUGCUUGAAUGCGGCGACAAUCGCCUUUUCCUUCUUCCGAUCCAGCUUCUUGGACGGAAUGCCCAUUGCCGACGCAACUUGGCUGAUAUGCUGCAUGAGGUCCGCCAGCGACGCGCCUUGGGCAACACGCCACAGUUCGACCACCGUUGAUGCAUAUGUCACACGCUUCUUCAGAAUGCGUUCGUGGCUGGGAGAUAAUAUUGUCAUGGUAGGUUGAGGUGAAUGCGGGUCAAGGAUAGUCGGCACGCCUUCCAGUUCGAGCUGGUGGUGCUCAUUGACGUACUGAAGCACCCAUGCGCUCAAGUCAAGCCCCGUCGACCGCACAAUCGCUCGCUCGAUGACUGCUAGUCCUUCCGAGCCGUCGGUCGCCAUGGCGAGUUUGAUAGUCAACUUGUUGAUGGCUUUUUGAAAUACAACGAGGUGUCCAACUCGGUCGUGAAACCCGGCCUCGAAUCUUUCGGUAAGUUCGCGGCGAAUGUACGAAUCUCCUCGAUGGAUCGUCGUUUCUGCUUUGGCUGCCGCCGUGGCGAAACAACCUUCCACCGAGUCGUGCAGCGACUCGAGCAAGGCAGCAACAAAUUCAUCUUCGCCCUCGCAAUGGUCAAACCACGACAUGAUGAGCUCCACUUGCUCGUCGUGCGUCAGGUAAAUUGUGCGGUGGGGUGCAGCCUUGCCCUUUGUACCCGACGCCUUGCCUGUCGAAGGUUUUGUCUUGUUCGCCUUCGAGUCAGAGGAUCCAACCUCCAAUGCUCCAUACGCAGCGUGCGAGGCGCGCACCUUCGCAACGUCUUGGAAUUUGUCCAUCGUUUGCGUCAACACGGCGGCGUUCACGGCAAACACCCCGCCAAUUUGAACAACAGAGGUCACAGGUGACAUUUUCGUCUGAGCUUUCACUCGAUCCAAAGCUUUGGUCAGCAGCUUCGCGGCAUUCUUGGCAUCCAUGGCCGACGACGGCAAUUCUGACCGCACGUCGAGCCAGGUCGAGUUGCGGUCGUGAUGGAGCCCUUCGACCACACCUUCCAAAUGCAAGAGCAGCGCUCCAGAGACCACGACGUCGUCCAAGUCAAUGCAGUCAGGGAACCGCUUCUUGAGAAAGUCAUACGGCCGACUGGCGACUUGCAACUGAGCGGCCAAGGCAUGGGGCAGAUAGUUGUUGGCGAUGAAGAAGUCAUAGAUGGUUUGACGCUGCGACUCGACAAACGCAGUAGGAACAAACUCCCGCCCGCGAAGAUGGCCUUCCACAGCAUGUGAUGCAAUCAAGUCCGCCAGCGAGGCCGCGACAAGGUGCUCGUCCAACGCAGGGGAUGACGCGGCUAUCUGUCAUCGGCAUUAUAAUGGACCGGCACAAGGU